AUGCAGUCGUGGUCUAACCCCAGCCAAGACGACGGCAACGGGCAGCAGGAUGCAUGGCAAUCUAGCUUUGGCUAUGGCGACGAAGGAGCCGCUUUCGAUCCGAACCAGCAAUGGGCCCAGCAUAUAGCAGGCCAUCCGACCGACUUUUCAGACUUUCACCAAGACCCUGCGACAUUCUUCGACGCGUCUGCUGCACCUGCCAAUCCUUACAUGCAAACACAGUCGCUACAUGCCAGUUCCACGAACCAACCGACGUUCCAGACACAACAGUAUGGUCAACAGGGACAGGAUGUCAUUGAUCCUGCUUUCCAUAAUGUACAUCCCAAUUUGUAUGCACAUGGAGCCAAGCCGAAUGCGGGAGGCAAUGUCGAUCAGUUGGACGGAGGGCAAGCGUACGCCCAGCAUAACUAUCCUUACCCUCCUCAAGAAAACGGAGCGUUCCGCCAACAACCGCAACAAUUUCCCCAAGCGCACUUGCAGCAACAUCAAGUCAACCGUCAGCCAGAGCAGCAUGGUGCGUUCGCACAAAAUCAGCAGGUAGCAGCUCAGCCACAGGGUGCAUUUUCUCACAGCUCAGGCCAUGCAUCUAGUAGUCAGACGCAGUAUCAAACCGACCCCCGCCUGAGCUAUACCACAGAAAGGCAGCAAUUUUCACUGCAGAAUGAGCAACUUGAUGCACAACAGCCAUCGAGACAGGCUUAUCGAGAUGGGAUGCAUACCUUUCAUGCACAACCAGCCGCUAUUCAACAAAAUUCGAUGCAGCAAAAUGCGCCCUACAUGCCAAAUGCUUAUCCAUCUGUUGACGCGGCGGGUUCCGCCAUCAAGAAGAGAAAGAGAUCUGCAAACUCGGGUUCUGAAGGCUCGCAGGAUUCAACGCCAGAGGUAUCAGGAAAGAAGGCAGAAGACAUGGACGGCUUUCCUGCUCCCGUACCCUCGGCUGAAGACCAAGAUCAGCUCAUCAAAUUCAAUAAGCGCGGCAAAACCGCCCAAGCCAAAUACCCAUCAAUAAAAGGUCUGCCACACCUCGUGUUUGACGGAAGUAUGAAGAUGCCGGCUCCUAAGAGCUAUGAUAAGCUUGCACCCCUCGUCACGCUACCACCUCGAUCCGGCAAGGCCAUGAUACCCGAAUUGGGCUAUAGCCUACCUUGCGAAAUUCAAGGAAGGUUCACGAGCCAGUACCGCCCGGCACCCGACCGAGCAGGCCUGAAUGAGAGACGUAUGGAAGCAAAGGAUCUCCUGGACCAAUUCGAAGCGUCUAUGAAGGCUAUGGGCAAGCGUCGACCCAAGUACACAGAGUAUCCGCAUGCGUUCAAGGAGCAGAUGAAAUCAGACGAGGCUGUCAAGAACAAAGCUGGAAAAAAGGCGAAAAAGGAGCUGGAAGGUGACCAAAGCAAGCCUAUUCGUUCCGCUGUGAGGCCGACAGAUCCUGUGGAGGCAGCAAGCUGGGACGCUAUCGGUAUUGUGCAUAUUGAUCCUUCCGUUGCCCGUACUAGCUCGUCGAUUGCGCAGCGCGUGCAACAGGCCGGUGACCUAUUCAUUAAACUAAGAGGCGAUAUGAACAAGGCGAAACAGGAGCUUGACCUAAUGAUCAAGGACAAAAAACCAGAACCCGAAGUUGCAGCAAGCAAAGCCGAUUAUGAACAGAAGAAGGAAGCAUUUUAUCGUGCCCUGGACUCAACAGUGGAGUAUGCUGACGACGCCGUCUUGGAUAAUCUGGGCGGCCAUCAAAAACUUAUUCUCAGCCUGAUCAAUGCUUUAAUAUCUUGCAUCAAGGCGGCUGAUUUUACAGGCAAACUCCCCAAGAUUGUUCUUGAGCUCAUCUCGCUCUUCCGCAUGACCAAGAAGAUUAUUGACACCACAAACUUCGAAACUGUGCGCAAGCGCUUCGGUGACAAGGGUGACGCGGACAUCAAGGAGAUCAUUCAAGACAUCAAUGCCAAGAUCAAAAAGGUCACGAAAGCAAGCGAGUCUGAGACAGCUACUGGCUAUACGGGCACAUCAGCCGCUAGUAGGGCAAAGGCGGUAGCCAAACCAGCUUCUGAUGCGACGACGAAGCGAAGUCGGGAAGACGACUCGGACAGCCGAACCGUCAAGAAGGUUGUUGUUGAGCUACCGGGCAGCUCUCUACUGAAGAAACUUGCCCAACCGAAGGCGCAACCGCAAGCAAUCUCUAAGCCCGCUGCAAGUUCCAUUUUGCCCGGCAAAAGCAGACCAGCUGUCAAACCCGUCCCCAAGUCAGAAGUUGCAGCCAGUGCAAGUAGCCCUGCACCUUCUAGUGACGAGAAGUCAAAGAUCUCGGUCCGUAAAGUAUCCGACAGCAAGACCGAGCCAGCGAAGGUGUCAGUGCCGAAGCCAGCGCCGACGGCAACAUCUAGUGCACUGUCUGGCAUUGCAUCACUUCUGGACUCAAUCAAUGCACCAAAGGCUGAAGCUGCUGCUGCUGCCACUGCCACUAAGGAGGCUGAAGUCGAAGACGACAGCGAGCCUCCUGCGGCAAAGGCGAAGAGGCUGCGAAAGUUGGAGCGUCGCAAACUGCGUGUUACGUGGAAGCCGGAUCAUGACCUUGUUCAAGUCAGGAUUUUCCAGAAGGACGAUAACGAAGAUGAAGGACGCGCCAUGAAUAUGAUUCGCGAUGCAGCCGAUGACAAGUCUGAAGGCAUGAUGCUGAAGCAGCGUGUCGGGAUGGAUGAGGAUGAGGACGAUGACGAUGUCCCGUACCAACCAUGGACUGGCCCUGUAGAAACGGACUUUUCUGGGCUAACAGCAGAUACGAGAAGCAAGAAUUUUAUCACUCGUGGUGGUACCGUUGACUUUUCGACUGAAGAGCAGAAGCGUAUCGCUGAAAGAGAGCAACGGGAAUUGAUGGCUAUAUACACCGACCCCAAUGAUAUUCCGCCAACGCCGAAAUCACCCCCUCUGGAUGCCACGAAGCCUACUGUUGCUGGCAAAGUUGGGCAGCUACCAAGUGAAGAUCCCAAGUUUGCUGAAAUUCAGCGACGCUGGGCCGAUGAGCAGCAAAUGGGUGUGGACCAGGCAUUGCUUGCGGCAGUGCAGCGUCUUGAUGCCAAGCAAGGUCCUGUCAACAAGCUCGAUGCGAUUCUUGGACGCCUCAAGAACAACAAUUCUGCCUCAUACGCGAAUCAGCCGACCUCAGCUCCCGCUGCGGCCCAGCAGCCUAUUUCGAUCGCAGCAAGCAACGUUCCCCUGAUUGCUGGCCUCGCAGCAGAAGAGGGUAUCCUUGCGUGGCUGCGUUCAGACAAGAUUGCUGCUUGGCGCGACCCAAACCCCGUCUAUGGAGAUCUCUCACAGCCAUAUAGAUACGCUGACGCCACUACACAGGCUGCCGGCCAGGUUAUCGAGGCUGUUGCGCAGUACCUAACAGGGAAGCCAUACCCGGCCAACGCCCCUCCAGAUUGGAUGCUUCAGUACGAAGACAAGGUCAAAGAGUGGUGGUUUGGCUACAACAAGGAAGCACCAGCGAGGCAACGCAGAGAAGAUGAAAGACGUGCCAGAGCUGCAGCAGAUGCUGGACCGGCGGCUCUUGCACAGAGCAUGCAAAACUGGUCCUACGCACAGCAGCAAGAAUAUGCACCUUACUUGGCCAUCCUGCAGCAGAUGAAUGGCGGCAACUCAGCAGCAGCAAUACCGCCUGCGCCUGCGCCUGCGCCUGCACCUCAGCAACAUGGUCAUAUUAAUGACAGUCAGCUGCAUUCCAUCUUGUCCGCCAUCAACCAGGGUCCACAACAAUCAUCCCAACCCAGCAGCGAUGCUGCAUACCAGAUGAUGAUGCAAAUGGCACAAGGACAAGUAUCACAGCAGCAGCAGCAGUCGCAGCUACAGGCACAGGCGUCGGGCGGAGACAAGGAACGUGAUUGGGAGCGGGAUGAUGACCGGGAUCAGGAUCGAGGACGAGGACGAGAGUGGGAUCGGGAUCGCAGCCGUAACGACAACAACCGAGACGACUCAUACCGCGAGAAUCGGAAAAAGACGAAGGCGACGCUGCCGCCGCAUAAACCGGCCAACAAGGCUUUGAUCGGCACCAAGGCGUGCACGUUUUGGCAGCAGGGCAAGUGUGCUCGUGGUGACCAGUGCACAUUCCGACACGACUGA